UUUGUUUAUGUCUCCUGUUUUGUUUCAGUUUAAGGAUACAUCUUAAGUGUCUGUUGCGUGUAUGGACUUAAAUGUUUCAUCUAAUUUUUCUGUAAUAUUAUUUAUUUUGUGGUUUGUUCAAGUUUAAAGCCAGUUCGGGUUCGACAGACAAGGUCUAUGAAUGCUCUUGUUUAUACAUUGGCAAAGCUUUAGAGUAUUUUAAAACAGGUUAUAAUGGCAGAAGAUAAUUCUUUUUCUGAACUUGAAAAUUUGAAAAAAGAUUUUCUUCUAAAUCCUACAUUAGUUGUUGGACCUUAUUAUCAGGACAUUCAUAAGCACAUAGCCGAUGUGUAUUUAGCAAACAAACAAGAACUUAAAGGAAUCUACCACCUUACCGAGGCGCAUGCAGCUACUUUACGGCAACAGACAGUAAUCAGAUACGACUAUAAACAAGACUUGAUCAAAAGUAACAGAACCACAAGUUCAAAAAUCCCAGUUGAACAAGGAAUACAGAAAAAAUAUGUUGAUUUCCAAAGUGAUCUAGCGAAGGAUGAAGAAAAUGGAUUGUUGGCUCGUCUGCAAGAAAUGCCUAAAGAAUGGACAGUGGUGCAGAUCACAAGAGAGCUAACACCUUCGGAACAGUUGAAAGUCAGACCCAAAGACACUCCUUCAGAGCCAGCGAACAUCUACAUUACUCGGCUACAUUGCGGCGAAACUCUCAAGGAGAACAACCCGAUAACAGUUCUAGUAGAAAAGCCGGAGAAACCACCAGGAAUGCCAACUGUAUAUGAAUUGAUGAAACAGGCAAUAGAAUGUCUACGAACUAAGAAAACAAGACCACAAGAGAUAAGAAAAGAAAGGGAGAAAGGAUCACAAUAUAUCAAGGAUGUGGCCGAAGCAAUGUCGAGCAAAAUGCUGAAAGAAUGGAAAUGUCUAUUCACAGGCAGGCUUUGCUGCAAUACUUACAACCAGAAGAUUCGUGCUUGUAUAGACAAAGUGGUCAAUAGUGACAAAUUCCAAACAUACAAGAUGGACGGCAAAGAUCGCCAACUGCUGUACCAAGUGGUGGACGGCUGUGUUUAUCUGAACAAAGCCGAGAUCCAUUCGGCUGUUUGCUGUCUCGUUGAUUCCAAGGAGUUAGGUAUUGACCUUAUCAAAGCAAUAAACGCCUUCAAGGAGGAUAUGGCCAUGCUGCUGGCCGCCCGUAGAUAUCCUGUUAUACUUAUUGUGGAUGAUGCACUGGAUGGGUUACCUUGGGAGAUGUUGCCAAUGUUCAAAAAGCACCCAGUGUCAAGAGUGCCUUCAAUACACUUUCUGCAUGCUUUGUACCACGAGCAUAAGAAUCAAAUUGUGGAUGGCUGCAGAUUAGUUUCAAAUCUCGACUUGGGCUUCUAUGUGGUAAAUCCUGGGCAAGAUUUGAAGGAGAUGGAGUCUCGACUGAUGGGUUUUCUGCAGAAGCGUGUGCCACAGUGGAAAGGCGUAUCGGGCCAGAGUCCGUCUGAGAAUGAGUUCUGCUCUGCUCUGGUUGAUCAUAAUGUUUUCCUAUAUUGUGGUCACUUUAACGGCUCACACUACCUCCGCCCAGAAGACAUUUCCCAGUUGCGAGUGGUCGCCUUGCCACUACUGUUUGGCUGCAGUAGUGUCGCCCUGCAGGAUCUCGGUGGUAGAGCGGAACCUACUGGCGUCUCAGACAAAUACAUUAUGGCCGGCAGCGCCUGUGUAAUAGGCAUGCUGUGGACUGUCACCAGUGAUGACACAGAUUGUAUGACCGUCAUGAUACUCAACAGCUGGCUACCUGGUGAACCGAUAGAUCUCAAGCCCUUCCGCACAACAGGGGACAUGCUCGCGCCAAACAAGGAGCCAGAACUAUUGCGUUUGAUGCGCUUUGCGAGGGAGACAUCUCAAGCUUACAGUAACGCUGCGGCUUUAGUAGCCAGAGGUAUCCCCAUCAAGAUGGUGGAAAAUAAAUAGUCACUUUUACUCUUAAGUAUUUAAGUUUUGUAAUUUUUGCAAACAAAACCGUUAUACCUCACCAAAAGGAUGUCUGUAUAUAAGAAUAAUUAUUGUAAAUUAUUAAUUUAAUAUUUUUAUUCCAAUGUAAAAUAUUCUUAAUGAUCAGUAUAGUUGGUCUUGUAUGUAU